UAUUCCCAAUUCUUCUCUUCAAAAAAAGCAGCAAACUGCUUAAUAUAUUCAACCAUAGUGAUCUAUUGCCACUAGUUUCUAAACACUUUAUCUGGGGGAAGAAUGUCGGUUUGCAGGAUAUUUGUAGCCUCAUUUUUCCCUAUAGUGUUGGGAUUCAAUCAUAAAAUAAUAAUACCUGUCGAUAGAAGGAGCAGGAGGUGUAUCUUAUUUCCACUUCCAUUUUACUCUGCAUUUUCCAUUUGGCCAGUUUCUUUGGCAUUCGCGGGAUUGAUACAAACGUAUUCCAAGUAUUUUCAUUUGAAGGGGUCAACACAUAUUCACACUAAUACGUUUAUCUUGAAAAAUAGCUCUUGCAGACACGUCUUCUCGACAGCAGCACAUUAGCGGAGUGUCGAAUUGGCGGUAAAACACCCGGUUAAAGAAUAUCGAAAAUAAGCCACCGAAUAUGCCUCACAGAACGUGUUUGGAAUGCCAUGGUCCGAUUCACCCGGACGAUGAUUAUUUUUGCAGCAUGGAAUGCGCCGGUUCAUAUUACGACCGCCAAGUACUACUGCAGCAGCAGCCGCAUAACUGAGACAUCAAAAAGAAAGGUGUGGUUAGUCCCCUUUUUCUUGAAUUAAAACAUUAUGACAAUAAAAUUAAUUAAACUUUUCCAAUAAACAUUUUGUGAAACAGUGGUGUAUUUAUAAUUCUAAAUCGCUGUGAG